UGUUGACUGCAGUUCAUUACACAGUAAACUAGUUUGAAAAUCUCCCAAAUCAUUCAACGGCGCGGAACAGAAAUGAUCACUGUAGGAACUCAAAAACACGGUGCAAGGUUGUUACUCUUUAAACUGCCCCCCAGCAUGGGAGGAGUAGUUAAAGCCAACCAACAGAGGACUUUGAUAACCGGGUAAAAGUGUAAAUGUUUAUGUAAUAGCCCCAAGCAUAACAGUUAUUAAUUAAUGCAUGUUUAUCACAAUCUUUCAGUUUGACGGUCCGGUCAAGAAUAUUUACAUGACAAGCUUGUAAACAAAGCAACAUCUUGACAUUUUAUCGUUAACGUUAACUCCGCUGAAGCUUGAGGCGGCGAGCGUUAUUUAUAGUUAGCGUAACGUCACUGCGUUUAAGAUUAGCAAGCUAGCUACACCUGAAAUUCAUAUGAAGCGUCAUACAAUUUAGCUGAAAUAUGUCAACAACAUCGUUGGAUAAAGAACUGCAAGAACGUUUAAGAGAGGCCAGUGCCAUCGGAGACAUUGAUGAAGUGCAGAGGCUGGUCGAGAGCGGAGUAAAUGUCAACUCUCAAAAUGAAAUCAACGGCUGGACAUGUUUGCAUUGGGCAUGCAAACGAAACCACAAAAACAUAGUGGCGUAUCUUCUGAACUCGGGAGCUGAUCAGAAUAUUGUGACCGCCAAGGAAGAGUUAGCAGUACAGUUGACUAAAAAACCAGAGAUCAGAAGACUACUAGGAAUGGAGGAAGAGGAUGAACCAGAACCAGUUAAAGAACCAGAGUUGCCAAUCAUCCCCAACUACCUGUCCAACCCGCCCUUCAUAUACACCGGGUCCGAUAAAGAUGAUCUGAUGAUUGCAAAAAAUGGCACCCAGAACGGCUCCAGUGACCUGGAGGACCCGGACAGUGAGCCAGCCACACUGUCCCCUACCCAGGAGCACCCUCCCCAGCCCCAGCCGCUGCCACAGCAACCGCAUGCCCCGCUGUCGCAAAUGCAUCCAAGUGCCCCGACACGAGUCACGCCUUCCCAGCAGCCACAGCAUCCACAGUCACUGCCCAGUCCCCGAGACGGCCCAUUCAUCCCGGUUUCGGAGCAGAACGGUGUGGUGUCCACCCCGACACCAACCAUGAAUGGCGGCCUGCCCAUUGAGAUCUCGCCCGAGCCGCACCUCCCCCACAUGUUGGCGCAGAAUGGCACUGUGUGCCCCACCGUGCCCUCCCCGGGCACCAGCUCAGGCCAGCAGGCGCCCAUCAGCCGACAGCAGUCCAUCCCCCAGCAGCUCAACGGGCCCCAGGCCGCCGGCUCCAUGCCCGCCUUCCAGCCUUUCUUCUUCACCAGCACCUUUCCCGUCAGUUGUCAAGAGCUGGUUCUGAAGGUGCGUAUUCAGAACCCCAAUGCUCGGGAGAACGACUUCAUCGAGGUGGAACUGGACCGGCAGGAACUGACCUACCGCUCACUGCUGAGAGUUUGCUGCCGCGAGCUGGACAUCAGCGUUGAGCACGUGGAGAAGAUCCGCAAGCUGCCCAACACCAUGCUGAGAAAGGACAAGGAUGUGGCUCGGCUGCAGGACUUCCAGGAGCUUGAGGUGGUGCUGGAGAAGUCUGAGGGCUUGUCGCUCUUUUCCACUGGGGGCGCAGGCAGUCUGGCCGACCGGCCCUGCUACAACAUGAAGGCCUCUCGCCUCACCUACUGACCGCUCCUGAGGCCUCUAGGUGGCGCUCUGCCCGUCGCCUUAUGCCCAUCGUCGCUUGGGUUCCUUUGCAAAAUUCUGUUACGAUUUGUCAUAUAGCCUCUCUGUUAACCAGCCAAGAAGGCCCUGUUUUCCUCAUCGAUCUGUAUCAUGAUAUGACUCGUUUCCUCAGUGGUCUUUAUCAUGAUUCUAAAGGUGUCUUUCUACCCAUCAUGUCUCCACUAGUUAUUUAGCCAAGCAUGGGUCCUUUGGCGGAUAGCCAGAUAGCUGGUAGGUCUAUACAUACACAUACACACACACACACAGUGCUGCUGUCUGCACGUGAAUAAACCUUCUCUCUCUCUCUCUCUCUCUCUCUCUCUCUCUCUCUCUCUCUCUCUCUCUCUCUCUCUCUCUCUCUCUCUCUCUCUCUCUCUCUCUCUCUCUCUCUCUCUCUCUCUCUCUCUCUCUCUCUCACCCAGUGCAGUGUUAUUCUCUAACAUUCCUGGAUCUGUGUCAGCAGUAUUUACUAGUGGCUUUACUAGUCCUCCGUGUGCCAUGUUAGCUCCAUGUGUAGCGCCGAGUGGUGGAGUGCUAACGUUCAGCACUAACCCCAGUUAUUUUAGGGGGGAAAGGCUGUUGGAGCACACUUUGAGUGAACCUGCUUGUCUAAGAAUGCUGUGAGGAAACAUUUGAUUUAAUGCUAUUCGAGGACAUUUGGGGAGGAGAAACCUGGCUGCAAAUUAUGGCUAUGUAUGUUUUGUUUGGAUGAGCCCUUGUGCACUUUAUUGAGUUGGGUUCCCAUGAUAUGUUAUAUUUGGGAUUUUUUUUUUUUCAUUGUUGUGAUUGUGUUUUAAAGUGAAAUGUCCAUAGCUGUGAUGACUCUAAUACCAAAUACUUAUAUUAACCAUUUAGACAGACUCUUCAGAGAAGACUACCAGUCAGAGCAUAAUGUUUUAUUAGGCAUGAGGAAACCAGUCGUUCAUGAGCGGAAAUGAGUCAUGUAGCAGAUUUGUUCUAGUUCAGAGGCUAACUAGAGGUAGUUUUAGGAGAGGGUAAAAAAAGAGCUUCCACAAACACUUAGCUUCCUUCCCCAGGAUCACUCUUAAUAGGUAGGGGGUAUGUAAUACAAUCACAGUUUCAAAGGAUGAGUUUCAUCUGACAUAGGAAAAUGUCAUAUCUUUGUUAUUCAUUGUUUUUGAACAUCUUUAUUUUUAAAAAGCUUGAUUUAACGUGACAAGGUGUUUGCCUCAGUAGGAAUUGUUUUCUAACCAGUUCAGUUGCAGGUUGCAGCCCUCACCGACGCCAUUAUGGAAAGAAAGCUUAGCCUCUCCAAAACCAAAUGGUUUUUCAUACCUGAUCAAGACUGUAAAAGUGAAUAUUGAGCUUACCUUCUGCAAAUAUGCGCUUGCCAUUGCCGGCUUGCAUAUUAGGAAAAAGGUCCAGAGGUGCACUAUGUGUAUAGGAUGAAUAUACCACUCAUAUAUGUUUUAACUGGUUGAUGAGUGGCUAUUCAACAUGGUUAUUGACAGACAGCUAUAGAGAGAGCUCUUCUUUUUUCCUUUAAUAUUAUUAAUAUUAUUUCUGUUUUAGCAGUGAGUGCCCAAAACCUGUGAUUUUUACUAUUAAAAUGUUUAUAACGCC